AUGUCCAGUACCCUCAAGCUUAGCAACGGCAAGGUCAUCCCCGCCCUUGCGUGGGGGAAUGGCUCCUCUGGCCUCACUGCAUCCGGCGAGAUGGCAGCCACCCUCGGAGCGGCUGCUCUCCAGGCCGGCCUUACCCACAUCGACACAGCCCAGAUGUAUUUCACCGAGGCUGAGACGGGUGAGGCUAUUCGUAACGCUGGUGUCGAUCGUGUAAACGUCUGGAUCACAACGAAGAUCUCCGAGUCCAGCAACACCAAAACCACCCUGGAUGACGUUCGUCGCAGCGUAACCCAGUCCAUCUCUCGACUAGGGUCAAUCCCCAACCUUCUGCUUAUCCACAACCCCUUCGUCCCUGAGGAGGGUCGGAUUGGAGAGUUCUGGACCUACCUCGAGACCCUGGUCAUGGAUGGAACCCUUGAGGGGUGCUCGCUAGGGUUCAGCAACUUUCGCCCUCAAGACAUCGAAGAGGUGAUGAAGGUGGCCACCAUUGCCCCGGUUUGCCAUCAACUCGAGUACCACCCCUAUGUCCUCGCUCAUCUCGAGCCCGUCCUCGCCCUCCACCGCAAGCACAACAUUGUUGCGGAGGCGUACGGCCCUCUCACCCCGAUUCUUCGCCACCCCGGUGGACCCCUCAGGCCGGUCCUUGACAAGAUCGCCAAGCGCAAUGGUUCGGACGCUGGGACCGUUCUUCUUCAGUGGAUCAUUCAGAGCGGUGCCGUUGCCGUGACGACCUCGACGAGGUCCGAAAACAUUCGAAAACUCGCAAAGCUGUUCGACCAGCCCGAGCUUUCACAGCCCGACAUGCAAGACAUUGAGGAAGCAGGUCGCUCCGUGCACUAUCGGUUCUACUCGGAGCACAUGACCAAGGACUUUCCCAAUCCUGCCCUGCCUGAUGGGAAGUGA